AUGAUCGCCGCCACGUCUCUCCUCGCCCUGGCGUUUGCCGCAGCCUCGGGCCUUGCCGCCCCCCUCGACGUACCGGCCGGCUACAAGAUUGUCUACAUCACGUCCAACGUCAACGCCAAGUUCGUCGUCCAGCCCAAGGCGGCCAAGGCCGGUUCGGCGGUCGUCGUGCAGACCCUGACGAGCAAACCCGAGCAGCAGUGGUACGUCAAGGACGGCGCCAGCAAGAUCCAGCUGGCGGGGACGACGCUGUGUCUGGAUGCCGGAGCCAAGUUCGCCGCCAGAGCGAAGGCGGCGAACAGUCCGCCUCUCCAUGCCUCCCAAUAUGCAUCUGCUGACGUUGUUGCGCUGUGCUCCCCAGCCAAGUGGAAAGACAUGGCCGCCCUGGUGAUUAACGACUGCGCCGACACGGCCGAGGGCCAGAACUUUGACAUCAAGGCGGACGGGCGCAUCGCGGUGGCGGCGUCGAGCCCGCAGGAGUGUGUGGACCUGCAGUACAUGCGGGCGACGGCCAACAACCCGGUGGGCCUGUACUCGUGCGCGGGCCUCGGCAACGCGGGUGCGGGCGACAAGGGCAUCAACUGGCCGCUGGUGGCAGCGACAUAA